AUGACAAUCAGUCAAGGAAGAAACAGCUCUACAGUUACCAGGUUCAUCCUCUUGGGAUUCUCUGAAUUUCCAAAGCUCACAGUUGUCCUCUUUUCAAUAUUCCUAGGGAUCUACCUCAUAACAGUGUCCUGGAACCUGGGCCUUAUCAUCCUGAUCAAGAUGAACUCCCAUCUGCACACACCUAUGUAUUUCUUCCUUGAUAAACUUGCCUUCAUAGAUACAUGCUAUGUUUCCUCCACAGCCCCCAAGAUGCUCUCAGACUUCUUUCAUGAGCAGAAGUCCAUCUCCUACAUGGGCUGCACCAUGCAAUACUUUUUCUUCUCUGGCUUUGCUCUGACCGAGUGCUGUCUCCUGGCGGCCAUGGCUUAUGACCGAUACGCUGCCAUUUGUAGUCCUCUGCUCUACACAACCAUCAUGUCCCCCACCCUCUGUCUGCAGAUGAUGGUAGGAUCUUCCAUAACUGGAUUCUGUGGCUCAUUUAUCCAACUGUUUGGCUUACUUCAGCUCCAUUUCUGUGGGCCCAAUGUCAUCAACCAUUUCUUCUGUGAUUUGCCCCAAUUGCUGAUCCUAUCUUGCUCUGACACCUUUUUCUUACAAGUUAUAACGUCUGUGCUCACAGUCAUCUUUGGACUGACCUCUCUCCUGGUCAUCAUGAUAUCCUAUGGUUAUAUUGUUGCCAGCAUUAUGAAGAUCACUUCAGCCGAAGGCAGGUCCAAGGCUUUCAACACCUGUGCUUCUCACAUAACAGCAGUGACCCUCUUCUUUGGCUCGGGCACCUUUGUCUAUUUAUGCCCCAGCUCUGAUGAUUCUCUUAGCCAAAACAAGCUGGCUUCUGUUGUAUACACUGUGAUGAUUCCCAUGUUAAAUCCAGUGAUCUACAGUCUGAGAAACAAAGAAAUCAAAGAUGCCCUAAGCAGAUGGAAGAGGACAAUUUUCUCCUGA